AUGAUUUUAGAUCCAACGAGUACAGCAAUAAACGAAUUGAAAAAAAUAUUUUUAUUAAAAAAAAAUUGUGAUGAUAAUAAUAAUAAGGAUGAUGAUGUUAGUAAAUUACAAAUGGUUUAUUUUAUGAUAAUAAAUUCGGAUUUAAAUUUAUUAGAAAAUUUAAAACGUGACGAUAAUAUUGGAUUAUUCAUUUGCAUUAAUCCACCAUUAAACAUUUACGAAGUCGUCAAUGCAAUUUUUUAUUUAAAUUUAGAUAAGUAUUUAUGCACCAUAUUCGAAUAUUGUCACAUGGAUAUAACUUCACAAAUUUUAUCCGUUAUUUUAAAAAAUGAUGUUAUAAUUCAAUUUAAAAUUGAAUACUAUGAAACAUUAAUCAAAUUAUGGAGAUCUCUCUUUGUUAAAAGUCAUUACAUGUAUAAUAAAUUUGACUCGGAUAAUAACACAUUAAAAGUUUGCAUAUGUUUUCAAGACUUGUGUGAAAAUAUAAUAAAUUUAUAUAAAAAUAAUUUUUUAAACCAAGAUUGUGAUUUGAUGGUAAAAGCAAAGACUCUGUCAGAGUUAUUAUUUGCACUUUUGUUCAUGAUAAGAACAUAUAAUUCAAUCGACACCAAGUAUGAUAAAAAGCCAUUAUUCGAUGUCGCCAUUAGUUUACAAUCGAUUAAUAAUUUAUCAAUAUUAAAACCAUCUGAAAACUGUUUGAAUGUAGCUUUUCAACAUGUCAGUAAAUUAAUGGAAAUGAUUGAAUCGGAAAUGUUUUCAUCUAUGUCUGAAAUUAAUUUCAAAUAUGAUUCUGCUCAAAGAGUUAUAGGAGAAACUGUUUAUCUCAUAUGCGAAGAAGUCAAAAAUGUGAGUCAAAGUUGUUUGAAUUCUUUCCUUCGAUUUAAAAUAAAACCUAAAAGCGAAAAGGAAAAAUUAAAUGAAUAUGAAAUAUGUCAUCUAAUGAAAAAUAUAAAACAAGGAUCUAAAUCUUAUUUCAAAGAAAUUAUUUAUAGAAAAAUUAAUGAGAAUUCAUCGGAGAUUCAAUCGAGUAAAAGCGAAAUUUUAAUUUUAAACGAUGAUGAAAUUUUUGAAUUUGUUUCAAAUCAUUUGGAUUUAGCAGAUGAUAAUGAUAUAAAUUAUUUAAUUAAUGAAUCUCUUAAAUUUGUAUCAAGUAUGAAUGCGGUCAAAAAUAAUAAUAAUAAUGAUUUAAAUAAAAUGAUAAUUUUCAUAAUGAAAUUGUUAAAAUACGAACACGAGGAAAAUUAUUGGAAAUGGUUGAAAAGAGUUUUCGUAGAAGAAGAAGAAGAAUCAUUGGGAAAUUUAUUUGAAAAUAAUUGUAAUAAUCAUGAUGAACUUAAAAUUUAUUAUGAAAAAACUGUGAAAAAAUUUGGAGAUGAUAAAACAAAUUCAUAUGAUUUCGCAUGUACUUGUUUGUUAUCGAGGGAAAAAGCAUUUAAAAAUUUUUUUUUAUUACCAAACCUGACGAAUAAAUAUCAGGGUAACAUUUUGGAUUUUAUUAAUAAUUUUAAAUUGAUAUCCAUAGUUGGGAGUGAAGGAGAUUUGACAAUAAUUGAAAAACAACUCAUGGAUGUUAUGACAAACAUAGACAAUUAUUCUGAAAGUGAAAGAGAAAUGUUUUUAAAAUUGUUUAAAAUUUGUUUGGAUUGCGAUACGCUGAGUAAAAAAUUCACAGAUGAAAUAUUUGUAAUGAACAAUUUGAAUUUAAUUAAAAAUGAUUUCGAUAAAGUUUUCUUUUAUUUUAAAUUGUUAAAAAUUUUAAUUCCACAUUGGUGGGAAUGCAAGGAUGAUUAUAUUUAUUAUGUUUUUGUUUACAUGGUUCAAACAUACGAAUAUCUAUGUUGUGACAAUGAGAAUUUUUUUAACGAUAAAAUGGAAUUGAAAGAAUUUAUUUGUAAUUUAUCGAAUGAAAUCAUUAAUGAUUAUUUAUCAUCACAUACUUUUACCCAAGAUCCCUCUUUUCAUGAAUUGACACAAUCAGCAUUCUGUGAUGUACACAUAAGGAUAAAUAAAGUUUGGCCAAAGAUUUUAACAUCGUACGAAUCGUUAUUUACCAUUUUGACAAACACGUGUGAAAAUAUAAAGGUUGCAUUUAAUUUGUUAAAUGGAAAAUUUGGAAUCCCACGUGGAAGAGAUGAUAAAUUGAUGAAAAGUUCAAUAGCUUACUCUCUCGUAUCGGUUUGUAUUUCAUCACCGUUUCAACAACAACAACAACGUGAUAAGGUACUUCCAUAUUUCACGUCAAAACAAUGGAGUCGUUUAUACGAUUGUUUACAUUUGAUUUUAACGGAAAAUUCGUGUGAUAAACAAAACGAUGAGGAAAUCAAUGAAUCGAUACUUACGAUAAUGACGGAAAUAAAAGAUUACGAUUUGAGAGAGAAAACUUUAAUCGAUUUCACGCCGAUAUUAAUUAAUUUAAUUAAUGAAAUAAUAAUAAUAAUAGGAAAACGUGAAAAAGAAGAAGAAGAAUUUUCCAGCGACGUUUAUAAAAUGAUUGAAAUGUUAAAUGUCGAAAGGAUUGAAACGAAUUUGAAAAAUGUUUUCACAAGUAAAGUUUAA